CCAACAUGUUUUCAUGGGGAGAGGACCGACAUCAGGGCUUCCGCUCAAAGAACGCCUCGACUGGUGACGGAGUUCGGUUUUUGAGCCUCAGCUUUCAGGUGUCUGAUCUGUCAGCCGGCCAGAGUGUCGUCGCCUUCAUUAAAACCACCGGAGAGGCUUCGGUGAUCCGCACAGAUGCAGCAGGCAGAGUGGGGAAACAGAAGUUUGUUGGCGGGGAGAUGAAGGCUGUGGGUUGUGGAGACGAUGCCGUGAUCACGCUGCUGUCUCAGAGCGGGGAAGUUUUCUGCGUGGACACCAUGAAAACUCCUUUUAUUCUGAGACCUCCAGAAGCUUUGAGUAACAUCCCAGUAAGUCAGGUGGCCUGUGGGAACCGGCACACAGUCGUCCUGACUAAAGGUGGUCAGGUGUACACAUGGACCAGGGACAGCUCACCUCGACCUGUCCGGACCCUGGCAGCGAUGCCUCUGGUCCAGGUGGCUGCAGGGGGGGACCAGAGCUUCGUCCUCUCGGUGUCUGGAGGUGUGUUCGGCUGGGGCAGGAAUGACUGUGGACAGCUGGGUCUGGGAGACACCACAGACAGAAACGCACCAACUCCUGUUCGCUUCCUGAACAUGAAGAAAACUGUUCACAUCUCCUGCGGACAGAAGCACACUGCCGUUCUGACAAAGGACGGCGCCGUGUUUACGUUUGGAUCCGGUCGGUUCGGGCAGCUCGGACACAACUCUGUACGAGACGAGCUUCGUCCUCGGCUGGUUGCAGAGCUCUGGGGGGUGAAGGUCUGCAGGAUCGCUUGUGGGAGGCAUCACACUUUAGUGCUGACAGACUCCAAGAAGGUGUUUUCCUUUGGUUGUGAUGAACAAGGGCAGCUGGGACAUGGAGAGGAGAGUAAUCCGUCUGUGCCGUUGCCAGUCCAGCUGCCACAAGACACCACCAACAGUUUCAUAAUACAAAACAUCUAUGCUGGAGGAAACUGUUCAUUUGCAACCUGCACACCUCAUCAGGACAAACGUUCAAGCUGCACUGAGAACAAUGUGACGCAGUUUGACUCGAUUGAGGAUAUGACUGAUAAAUGGGCAUCUGCAUGUGAUAAUAAGUCCUGGGCGAGGAUAAAACAGGAAAUUCACAGGAUGGUUUCCUCUGCGGCAUGUGUGAAUGGAAGCUUCCUUGACCGAAGCCAAGACAAACAUUUCCAGACAUCGCCGAACUCCUCCGGUUUGGACUCGUCACUCGCACAGCGUGUUUUUGAGAAGCUGGUGAAGUCGGACGCUGUUUUUUCCGAGGUCGAAGCUGCUGUUCUGAAGCUGCUUCAGUCUCUGGGCGAGGAACCGGUGGGACUAGAGGGACUCAGGAUCUUCCUGAUUCUCACCGAGCUUCUACGUGCGAUCCAGAAACAAAAAGGACAACAGAACAUGAAGCUGGCUGAGGCGAUCGCUGCUGCUGUACAACGACUCUCUGCUGAAAGCCUCCAGAUUAUUGGAGACUGGUGGUCCUCACUGCAGCCCUCCACUAUGAUCAGACAUGUCCAAGCGUGGAAAAAUGUCCUCUCAAGUCUCCUGUACGUCUUCCCUGUUCCUCAGCCAUCAGUCCAAAACGUGCUGCGAAUCCUCCAGAACAUGCACAACGCCAACAAAGACAAGAAGAAAAUCCCUGAAGCCACUUUUGGUGCAGAGAUUAACCCACAAUUUCUGAACGAGGAUCUGCAGCUUUGGCGUGCAACGAUAGAAAACAAGGCUGAGCCUCUUUUCCUCUCCAGUUUCCCGUUUGUGAUGGAUCUGAAAUCAAAGCGAAUGGUUUUUGACACCAACGCAGCAUGGACUAAGUUAAAACACCAGGUACAACGUUAUGAUCCACUUCUUGGAACUGUUGUCCAUCCGAGUUCAUACUUUGAACUGAACCUGAAGCGAGCGUCUCUUCUGGAGGGAACCUUCAUGCAGCUGAACGCCGCUCAGCACAGCAGCUUUGAGAAGCCACUUGUGGUCUACUUUGAUGGAGACAUGAAGGUCACUGCUGUCUACAAGAGAGACUUUUUCCACCAUCUGUUUCCUGACCUGAUGUCGGCUGACUUGGGGAUGUUCAUGUUGAACGACACUGGAACGCUGGCGUGGUUCUCUUCCAAUGUGACGGAGGAGAGCAGGGAAAGGAUCUACCUGUUUGGGGUUCUGUGUGGACUGGCGCUGUACAACCAGAGCAUCGUUUACUUACCGUUCCCACUGGUUCUGUUCAAGAAGCUGCUGGGUGUGGAGCCGACGCUGCAGGACAUGAUGGAGUUCAGUCCAGAUUAUGGACGGGUUCUGCAGUGCUUUCUGACCUAUGAAGACGAUGUCCUAGAAGACCUGGAACAGCCAUUUUCAUUCCACUGGGAUGGGACAGCGGUCGACCUGGACCCUGAAAACCCCGCAAAGACAGUGACGGGUCAAAAUAAGAGGGAGUACGUGGACGCCUGUGUGAAUCUCGCCUUCAACACGUCCGUAGACAGUUCCUUUCAGGAGUUCCAGCGAGGCUUCUUCCAGGUGUGUGAGCGACGUCUGGUGCAGCUGUUUCGACCGGAGGAGCUUCAGGGCGUUCUGGUUGGUCGAGACCAGUACGACUGGGCCAAGUUCAAACAGAACACCUUGUAUGAACCGGAGUUCCAUCCUCACCACCCGACCAUCCAGAUGUUCUGGGAGGUUUUUGAUGAACUCACUGAAGACCAGAAGAAGGAUUUCCUUUGGUUCCUGACUGGGUUCAGGAGGUUUCCUGUUCGGGGCUCGGACCAGAAGAACAUGUUGGUCCGAGUGAAGCUGAUCCAGGAAGGCUCCGACGACGAGCAUCGCCCCGAGUCCCUGACGUGUCACUCUAUUCUGGAGCUUCCUUUAUACUCCUCCAAGGAGGUGAUGCGCGACCGGCUAAUAUCCGCUCUGAUCCCAGACAGAGGAUUCUCAGGCUGAUGUGGUUCCUGGACUACACUGUGAAAACAAAACAAAAACCUGUGAAAAUGUCACAGAAACAGCCAGAAGUAAUGUGUUUUAAAAAACCCCAGUGGAAUACUGUAGCAUUCACAAACAGUGGAAAAAAACCAGCAAAUGUCUUUUUUAUCUGAUAUGAAUACGGUAAAAUAAGUAAUUUUCUGAUA